AUGGCCGCUAUGGAAUGCCUCCGAGACAUCGGCUUGGAUAAAGAGUGUCUCCGUCUUGCUACCAAUGGCAUGAAUAUGAUGCAUACGCGAUGGGCAUAUAGCAUGGCUGGAGAAGAAUACGCUAGGAUUCACUCCUGGGGCCACGAUCCAAAGCGCAAGGGCGACUAUGAGACCGCCAGCCCUUGCGAUCCCGUCGAUCUCCCCCAAUCCAUCCUCGAACCUAUCCUCGUCCGAUACGCGACCUUGAAAGGCUUCCGUUGUCGCUUCGAUACCACAUUCAUUGAAUUUACCCAAGACGAAGAAGGUGUAACAAGCACUCUCUGCGACACCCUUACCGGGGUGGAAUACAAGAUUCGCUCAAAAUACCUAUUUGGUGCAGAUGGGGCUCGAAGUGAAGUCUUCCGGCAGGCAGAACUUCCCCUGGACGUUCGACCUGACCAGGGUCUAGCGUUCAAUGUCCACCUCAAGGCCGACCUAUCGAACUAUAUGCAGUACCGCACAGGGAAUCUUCACUGGUUACUGCAACACGAUCAGGAGCACCCGCUCUUCGGGUGGGCAUGCAUUGCGAGGAUGGUUAAGCCGUGGGAUGAGUGGCUGUUCAUUGUUCUACCAGAGCGUGGGAAAGAGUUGGAGUGUGAUCCUACGAAUGAAGAAUGGCUCGGUCGCAUUAAGGAGUUUAUAGGGGAUGAUUCCAUUCACACCGAGAUUCUGGGCGUGUCCAAGUGGCGCAUUAAUGAUGUGGUGGCAGGGAGCUUUUCCAAGGACAGGGUAUUCUGCCUUGGUGAUGCUUUACAUCGACAUCCUCCUUCAAAUGGUCUUGGCUCAAACACUUGCAUCCAAGAUGCUUACAACUUGGCAUGGAAGGUUGGAUAUGUGCUGAAAGGCCAUGCAUCUCCUUCUCUCCUUGAGACAUACACUACUGAGCGCCAGCCAGUUGCUCGCAACGUCGUGACCCGCGCAAACCAGUCAUUCCGCCACCACGGACCAGUAUGGGCAGCUCUUGGGGUCACCCUGCCGACCCCCGAACAGCGAACACAAGCCCUUCAUGAGUUGACACUUCCCUCUGCAAAGGGCCGUGCGAGGCGAGCAGCCCUUCAGGCCGCCAUCGAAGAGACAGAGCACGAGUACCACGCACUCGGCACCGAAAUGGGUCAGUUCUAUCAGAGCUCGGCCAUCUACACGAUGGAUGAGAAGACAUCUUUCUACUCUCCCGAGGUAAUCGCACAGGAUCCUGAUCUAGUUCUCACUCGAGGCACAUACCCCGGCUGCCGGCUGCCUCAUGUCUGGCUGAACAAUGCCAUCCCGGUGGAGCGCAUUUCCACCAUCGACUUAGCUGGACGUGGUGCGUUCACGAUCCUCACGGGUAUUGGUGGUGAGGGCUGGAAGGAAGCAGCAAAGCAAGUCAGUAAUGAGCUUGGUGUGAAAAUUAAUGCCUACUCCAUCGGUUUCCGUCAGGACUACGAAGAUGUCUACUUCGACUGGGCGCGGGUCCGCCAUGUUGACGAAACAGGAUGUGUACUCGUUCGGCCUGAUCGGUUUGUGUCAUGGAGGUGCAACGAGGUACUUGGUGAUGGUCCUCGGUGUGCUGCGAAGAUCCGGGAGGUCAUGCAGAGUGUUCUUAGUCAAUCAGCUUGA